CGGAGGGGAGGCAAAAUAGUCCCGAGGCUUUGGCCUGCGCCUCCCUCGCCUGUCAAGCGCUUGAUUUCAUUGUUCCAGGCUGAUGUCACUCCCAGUUGUUACAGACGCUUCUCCGGGUAACAAUGUGGGACUAGGAGGCACAAAAGACCUUUCUGGAGAUACCCCAAAGUGUUCAGAUCCAGCGCGUCCCAAAAUCCGAUGCCUGGGAAGACCGCUUUUCCCCCGAACCCACCGAUUAGUAAAUCCAGUGGCAUGAUCUGGCGCAGCGUCUUUGCAGAACUUUGGCACGUGUGACCGGUCGCACGGACUUCUCACGUUCUCGGAGAUUUGCCGACUUCAACACCUUCUAGACCCAGGGUGUUGAUCUUCCUCAGAAGCAGAUCCAUGCAUUCCUACACUGUGGCAUCACCAGAUAGGAUGAGUGGCUCAGAUAACGGGCUGGAUGAGACAGAACUCAGCAUUACGCUCACUCUCCGAAUGCUUAUGCAUGGGAAGGAAGUUGGCAGUAUCAUAGGCAAGAAAGGAGAGACUGUGAAGAAGAUACGGGAACAGAGUACUGCCCGGAUUACCAUUUCAGAAGGAUCCUGCCCUGAGCGGAUCACCACAAUUACAGGCUCUACUGAUGCCGUUUUCAGAGCUGUUUCCAUGAUUGCCUUCAAACUGGAAGAGGACCUGGGAACUGGAGCAACCAAUGGAGGAACCAUCUCCAAACCACCAGUGACACUGAGGCUGGUCAUCCCAGCUAGCCAGUGUGGCUCGCUCAUUGGCAAAGCCGGAGCCAAAAUAAAGGAGAUCAGAGAGACAACAGGUGCUCAAGUCCAGGUGGCUGGAGACCUUCUGCCCAAUUCCACUGAAAGGGCUGUGACAGUCUCUGGAGUACCAGAUGCCAUCAUCCAGUGUGUCCGACAGAUCUGCGCGGUUAUACUGGAGUCACCGCCAAAAGGCGCCACUAUUCCCUACCACCCCAGCUUGUCCUUGGGACCGGUUCUUCUGUCAGCCAAUCAGGGAUUUUCCAUGCAAGGACAAUAUAGUGGAAUAUCUCAAGCUGAGGUGACAAAGUUGCAGCAGCUUUCCGGACAUCCUGUCUCAUUUUCAUCCUUGGCACAAACUCCAUCUAUAGUUGCAGGCCUGGAUGCAAACUCUCAGAACAGCUCUCAGGAGUUUCUGGUUCCCAAUGAUCUCAUUGGCUGCAUCAUUGGCCGCCAGGGGAGCAAGAUCAGUGAGAUUCGGCAAAUGUCCGGAGCACACAUCAAGAUCGGGAACCAGACAGAGGGUUCUGCCGAACGUCAUGUGACCAUCACAGGCACACCAGUCAGCAUCACUUUGGCUCAGUACCUCAUCACAGCCUGUUUAGAGACGGCCAAAUCUACCUCCCAGACGCCCCCCGUUGACCUCGGCAUGACUUUCUCCCAGCCCCUCACCCCUUCGCCAGCCCCAGCGCUGACAGCAGUGGCCGCACCUCCCCCAGCCUUGCUUGGUCCCCCCUAUGCCAUCUCCCUCUCCAACUUCAUCGGCUUGAAACCCAUUCCCUUCUUGACACUGCCCCCUUCCUCAGCCACGGGGCACAAUGGCAACCUUGCCACCUACACGACCAAGAUCUCCACAGCCAAUGCAAGCAAGAAGGGUGAGAGACAGAAGUUCUCCCCAUACUGAAGCAGGAAGGUGGGCUGCGGGGCAGGGAGGGGAAAAUUUGGGGGACCCUCACAUGCUUCAUGAGAUGGCAUCAACAUCAGGCCACACCAAAAUGAGAUUACAUGGGGGAAGACUAAGUAUGAUGUGAGAGGCAAACCAAUUGUAUAGGAAAGUAAGGAGAUGAGAGAGAAUAUAACCUCGGCAGCUGUUGAGAGCAGUGCUGACCAAGAGUCAAGACAGAGAACUGGUUCUUCUCCAUAGUUCCUACUUGAUCCUAGCUGAGAAAUCUGUAGUGAAUAAGACCAUCUAAACUUACAGUUUCACCUCUGUUGAACAAUUACUGCUCCACACUCAAAGUGUUGUUAUUUUUUACCUUCCAUAAACCCAUCUGAUCUUCUGGAAACAGCUUCUCUCCCCAUCUGAUUUCCUCUUGGGUUGUUAGGAAACCAGUUUACUUAGGGAAUAUUUGAAUCGUGCACAUAUUCUGUAUUCUAUAUUGAAGGCACUGGAGGUCUUGGGAAAGGUCUUAUCUCAGUUGUGGGAGUAGAUGAAGCUUAUUAGACCAAUGGGAAUGAUAGAGAAUAUGCUGUGCCACUGCUAUAUCUCGUGGGUGGUUGAUUUCAAGGAAAAAAAUGGAAAAACAUCUGACUGAUAAACAAGUAGAAGGCAUAUAGGAUUUAAAUAUGACGGAACAUACCAAGAAGCAAACUUUUUGGUUCUCUGUCCUAAACAUGUCUCUCUUGAUAUGAAGCUGCUCAUGUGUCUCAUUCUAACUAUAUAAGAAAAUUUUUAAAAGAAAUCAUGGCUGUUUGUGACAAACACGCAGGGUUCUGAAUUUUUGCUUCCCCCUAAAAGAUGGCUAGAAUAAAAAGAGAUUGAAAGGAAUAACUUUUACCAGAGGCCCUCUCUUGUUGACAGGGAGUUGCAUAGCAACCAUUGGCAUAUAUCUGGCUUCCCUGCUGAAAACCUGGGCAAAGGCUAAUCAGAUAGUGUAGUAUAUUACUAAAUUUGAAUUUCCAGCACUGGCUGCCAAUUCUACUUAGUCUCAGUGGAUGACACCUAUCCCAUGUCUUUUUUAUGGCAGAUACCUCAGGAAAUCUCUUCUUAGCAGGUCAUACAAUAUCUAUCAUGCCAUGAAUGCAUCUUUGAAUUUAUCUUACUCUCAUGGGAUGUUGUCUCCAGUGAAUGCUUACUAAUACUGUUCCAAUCCCUUAUAGUGCAGCUCUAAGCAUGCUUACUCAGAAAUAAAACCCAUUGUUGAGUGAGGUUUACUCCCUGUGAACAUAGGAAACUGCCACCUAAUAGCAAGUCAAACUACCAGCAUCUCUGGUUCAGUGUUAUCUCCUGUGCUAGCUGAUAGUGGCUCUCCAGGUACCAGAUAGAGGUUCCCAGCUCUACCUGGAGAUGACAGGGAUUAUAUCAUGCAGCCUUAAAGAAUGAGUACAUGCUCCAAAAAAUUAUUAUCCCGUUAUCCACACUUCCCCUUAUCUAUUGUUAUUGUGAGGGCACUUGUCAAUGCAAAUAAAUUCAUGUGAGUGAAGAGACAGUAAUUGUGACUGAUCCUGACCCUUCUAUCUAGACAAACUGUCAUCUCAGAGGCAUCCAACUCACAUUGCUACAUUUGGUGAUUAUCUCAAUAAAUUGAGGUCCUGUCUAGCAGGAAUUCAGUGUAGCUUACUCCUGAGUAAACAGCUACAGGUUUGCAAUGUAAAUGUACCUUACAGCCAAGGAUCUUACAACCAAGUUCCUAACUGGUUAUAGACAGUAUAGCUUCUCCAAAGUGAGUCAGAUUGCUGACUCAAGUUGGCAUGUUGUAUUUCUUUAUUCAAAUACUACAAUGUUAAUAGCAAACUGUUAUCUUUAUAAGGUAUUGAACGGAAUGUGCUUGUUCAGUGAAUCAGAGGAAAACUGGCUGAAAAAGAAACUGAACUUGCCUUUUGCUCUGCCUCUCCUGUUGAACCAACUGGCUCAUCAUAAGUAAAGGUUUAGCCCAGGGCUGUGUGUAGUGUCUGCAUUCAAGUAAAACAGAACAAAAUGUUAAAAUUCUGCAUGCACUCAACCACAUCCUGUGCCAUAAAAAGUUCAUAUCUGAUCUGUAUAGAUUAUGCAACUAUGCAUAUAUAUCUCCUUUGUGCAUGGUAAUUUUGGGAGAGGAAUGUUUUUGUUUGUUUGCAUUGUACCAGAUUUACAAUUCAUGGGAGAAGCAAGAAAAUCAACCUGCCUUUUUCUAAAUAAAUGCUAGUCUGUUUCCAAGCAGCACAUCCUGUGCUUUUUGCUGGAUUCCUUCAGGAAUCACAGGUUUCACACAGCCCUGGUUAUGUUGAGCUCGCACAAUUGGGUACGAUGCCAAAGGUGUCUGGAAAAUAAGUUAACCAGACUGAAAAGAAUUGUUUCAAGAUAAUUGGGUUUAGGGAUAUCUGUAGAUGUGGAGCUUUGCAAGGCAGUGGCAUCUUUUGCUGACAGAUUGUUUCAUUCCCCCAGCAUUGCAAAUAUAUUUAGUGGAUGGCAUGGAGAGGCCACCAUGCUUGUAUGGUCAGUGACUGUAUGGUGAUUAAAGGGUUGCAGUCAAAGAAUGAAGAAAUGCUGUAGGUUCAUUGAGCUCAUGAGAUAAAAUUCUCAGAUGGUGUAAAUCAACAUACAUCCCAGAAUUUUGAUUUCACAAGAAAGGGAAGGGUUGGAGCAAAAAAGAAAAAAAAGGGGGGAGGGCUGUUCUUAUAAAUCAAUCCAACCAGUUGUCCAUUUGGCAUUGUACCCUGGCUGGUACAAAUCUCUCUAAUUUCCCUCUAUCAUUUGCUGGCAAAAAGCUCUCAUCUUUUCUUGCGGCUCUGAGGAAUUUCCCUCCUACCCCAUAAUCCCCUUUGGCUUAUCUUUGGAAAUGCUGUACAUAUAAUUCUAUAUUUUUCCUCCUUUGUAACUUAUCAUUGAUUUAAUAAAAAUAUAAACUUUG